AGACCUCCGAAGUGCGCGUCAGUUUUCGAAGUAGGAGCCAUGGCGACAACAGCUCAGUAUAUUCCGAGGAAUAACUCCUUACCGUCCAACCCGCUCAUGCAUCCGGAUUCGGACAGGAUGCACCAGGGGACGACCUACAGAGAGGUGCAGAAAAUGAUGCACCACGAAUACUUGCAGGGGCUCGCGGCGACCAACACGGGACACCCGAUGAGCCUGACGCACCACCAGUGGCUGCCCACGUCCAACACCGACUGGUCCAGCGGCACCCACAUCGGGCAGCAGGAGCACAAAGCCAGCGUGCAGGCGAGCCGGGAGGACCUGAGCAGCGGCUUCCACCACAGAUCCCACCUGGUGCACCAGCAGACGCAGAGCAGCCACCACGGCUCGUGGGCGCCGAGCACGACGCACCACCUCUCCCCGCUGUCCCCGGCGUCCAACGGCCACCAGUCGCUGGUCUACUCGCAGCCCGGAUACACGAACCUCAACGCGAUGCUGAGCCCCCAGCCCGGCUCCCUGCACCACGGCAUGCGCGACCCGCUCCACGACGACUCGGGCAGCCACGACAACCAGAUGGAGUCCCCGCAGCAGGCGUUCAGCCACCACCAGGACCACUCGGACGAGGACGCGCCCAGCUCCGACGACCUGGAGCAGUUCGCCAAGCAGUUCAAGCAGCGGCGGAUCAAACUGGGCUUUACGCAGGCGGACGUGGGCUUGGCCUUGGGCACCCUGUACGGAAACGUCUUUUCUCAGACCACUAUCUGCAGGUUCGAGGCGCUGCAGCUCAGCUUCAAGAACAUGUGCAAACUUAAGCCGCUCCUAAACAAGUGGCUGGAGGAGACGGACUCGAACACCGGCAGUCCCACCAAUUUGGACAAGAUCGCCGCACAGGGCAGGAAACGAAAGAAGAGGACCUCCAUCGAAGUGGGGGUGAAAGGGGCGCUGGAGAAUCAUUUCUUAAAAUGCCCAAAGCCAUCUGCUCAUGAGAUCACCUCUUUGGCCGGCACUCUGCAGCUGGAGAAAGAGGUGGUCCGCGUUUGGUUUUGCAACAGAAGACAGAAAGAGAAACGAAUGACACCAGUGGGGGUCCCUCACCCGAAUAUGGAGGACGUAUAUUCCCAAGCAGAGACCCCUCCUCUACACCGCACACUACAGAGUCCUGUGCAGUGACUGUUUUCAUGAACAAUCCGAGCGUUUCCGCGGGGGAUAGGAAAGAGAGAGGUGGAAAAAGGGACUAAUGGAGUUUACACUAUUUAAGUUUGGCUUUUGUUUACCAGAGAGAGAAAAAAGAGACAUGGCAAAGUUGAACCGAUGAGUUUGGUCUUUUUUGUGCCCCUUAGCAUUCGGAAAUCAUCGUGGCCAGCAAAUAGGUGACAAGAGGGAAAAUGUUGAGAGAGAAAAAAACAACAUAAUAAUGACAAAAGAAGAAAAAAAAGAAAAAAAAAGUUCGCUAUGACUGAUUCCGUGCGCAAGUGAAAAGUGAGACAAAGAUCUUUAUUUACCAAAACGAUCCGGAGGAGACUUGCAUAUAGGGUCAAAUCUGACAUCCCAUGGCUGUUUGGAAUGGGGGGAGUGAAUUGGACGUGUCAACUGAGGCCAGUCUCCUCCUGGUGCGAACCCGAACUGCUCACGACGAGGAUCGACACCGGAGCCGAGUCGCCUUCACUGGAUGGACAUUCAGGCUCAAACUGAUCAACCAGACUUCUGAAUAUUGGUGUAUACUUUCAUUGUUAUAUUGAGUGUGAUGGUUUCUUUGUUUUUCGUUUGGAAAAUAUUUUUUAACUCGAGUGUCUCUCUUUCUGCAGACUCCUCUUAUUGUUAUUAUUAUUAUUGUUAUUAUUGUUGUUAUUAUUAUUAUUAUUAUUAUUAUUAUUUCCGUCAUGAUCUGCAACAGAAGCUGUGUAACUCGACAGGAGCAGCCUCUCUGAGUGUGGUUUUUUUCUGUUUGCUCGGUGGCAGUCGAUGGUGGAGAAGUGAUAGAAAUGAUGGCACCAGACGAAGAAGAAGAAAAAAAGAAAAGCACUCACACUUAACGUAUAAGACACAUUUCAGAGGGAAAAAAAAGUCAAAUGCAACAGGACGUUCUUGACGUUCUGACUUGCAUGCCUUAAAAAAAAAAAAAAAACGAUAUUUAAAAGCUUUGCAGCUGACCACGGCGAAAUUUGUAAACAGCACCAGACGCUAAAUGAAAAAAAAAGGACAGGCAUUUCUUGUUUUCUUUUGGGCGUUGUUGUUUGUUUUUUAAGAAUGAAUUUUCUUUGCAUGGAGCACUUAUUCUUUGGUUUAAUAUUGUUAUUGCAAUUAUUUUGUUGCGUUAGAGUGGAGCUGAUCCCAACAGGCUUAAAAAACACACACACACGACGUCCCCUCCCCAUGUUCACAGGUCCCCACUGCCCCCCACCCUGCUCGAAUCCAAACGUUUCACAGCGAGAUUGGUCGAAAAAUACGAAAAUGAAAAGUAAUAAUAACUCAGGUAACUUCAGUGCCCCAUGUCAGAAUAUCACGCCUGUACAUGAUUUUUUUUUGUUCCUCUGUGUUUUUUUUUAAAAAAAAUAUUGUUUUUUAAUAUAUGUUUUAAUCUGGUUAUAACCACACCGUUUUUUUCUUCUUUUUUGUCCCGUAUAGCCAUGUGUAUUAUAUUAAAACGCUGGAUUCGGAAAUAAGAAUUUAAUUCUCGCUCGAGGCGAAAAAGCGAUGAAGGGACUUCACUUUUAGAUAUAUUUAUUUUUCUCUGUCCUGAAAGGAAAUCUGACAAACACUCGUGCGUGGUGUGUCAUUUCUCAAUGUUGGACCAGUCCAAAAAGAGCCCACAGCAGUGCUACUUAAUACAGACGAGGGGAAACUUUUUUUUUUUCCAAGAAAAAAUAACAAUGAUAAUUAAAAAGGAAGAAAAAAAAGAAAGAAAAAAAGAUUUUAGAGAAAAAUGUCGCCAGGAUUAUUUCCAAUAUGUAAAUAUGUCCAAUAUGUAAACUUGUACUUGUUUCCGAGAUAUCGUUUUGUUUUCGUUUCUUUCCGGGCAGUUUUGUACACUUACUAAUUCCAAGAAGAUAUUUUAAUAUGAUUUCAUUUAUGAAUCUGACCAUUUAUAUAUAUAAAUAUAUAUAUAUAUUUAUUUCUUAAACGUAUUUGGAGCUUUUUUUUGUUCAGCUCUGUUAAUGGUUACGUUGCAGUGGAUUUCAGUAUGUUUCUCUCUCUCUCUCUCUCUCUCUUAUUUUUUGUUUUUGUUUUUGUUUACUACAUUGGUUGUACGUUGAUUGCUAAAUGUAGACUGCGAGGUCACAUUUAUAUUUAUGUUAUAGUAAUAUUUUAUUACUUACAUAAAACCUAUAUACAAGAAUCGGUCUUUUGUCUUCAUUGAGAUCCAAACGGGGCUCGUGCGUCGCGCCGCUGUGGCGUCACGCGGGGCAGAUGAAGAUAUGAAGAUGAAGAUGAUCAUAAAGUUGAACGGUGUGUUCGGUGGUGAGCGGCUCAUUAUGUAACAGACACCAGGAGCCGCGUACAGUACAUGUGUACAGUACAUGUGUACAGUACACGUGCUGCUCGAGGGGAGAGACAACAGUAUUUUACCUCAGGCAAGUUCACACACACACACACACACACACACACACACACACACACACAGAGUCUCUGACAUUGUCCACAUCUUUGUGUAAUCGCAGUAUUAAAUUGUGCAAUAUGAAUACGA